AUGCCCAACCGACUCCCACGUCAUGUGAUGGACCGUAUCCUCCAGCUUCUCGAACCACUCGACAUCCUACGAUGUGCGGCCGUCUGUAGAUAUUGGAAUGAUAUGAUUCAUAAAUCCGUCUAUAUCCAAUUAAAACUUCGUCAGUCUUUACACCAAUCUCAGCUUUACGACGGUGAACGAAGCUUUCCUCCGGGGGAACGACUUCGUAGACUCAUUACCAGAGAAACCAAUUUAGAUUUGUUAAGACCCAGAAUUAAGCAAUUCAACUUACCUGUCGACCAAGUGUUACACACUGUAGCUGGGAAAUACGUCAUCACGCAACCGUUGGAACAGAUGGAUAGACCUGAUCCAUCAGAAGAUGGAGAUGGUAAAUAUACCUUGUGUACUAUAUGGUUAAACAAUCGUCCAAAAAAGGUAAAAGUCUCUUUCAAACCAUUUACGGAUCUUUUCGAUCUAGAUGUUCACCAGGAUGUGAUCAUCGUACAGGAAGAUGAGGGGCAUGCAUUCGAUAGAAAGACGAAUCUUAGAAUGAGAGUGUUACAUCUGUUUAACGAAAGUGAAGAUGCGACUCCACGUGAUAUAGAUGGAUUCAGAAUACAGGAAGAGGGCUGGGACGGUGAUGAACCUCAUAACAUCAGUUUGACAGUAGAUGGCAGAGUCAUGAUUUGGUGUAGUGGGAUCGUAUGGAUAUACGAUUGGAAAUCGGGUGAAAGAUUAGGUAGACUCCCACCGUCGAGCCCGGGGACAUGGGAAAGUAAUUUAGGUAUGGCAUGGGCUGGAAAGAAUAUCGUGUUGGGUCUAGAUAUGCCUCACGAUCCAACUGAUGAAGAGAUGGAACAUACAGAAGCAUACCUAGCAGUAUUCGAAGUAGACACCACCUAUCCAGGAACCAGUUCACUUCCUCUCUUAUUGGAAUUACCAUUCUGUACCGAUCUGCUCGACGACACAGUAAGGGAUAUACUGGACUUACCUGAUGAUGCUACUAUCAUCUCUCGAGGCCAAGAACACAUUCCAUUCCUCCAACGGGACGGCCCCUUUGGUUUGAUCCUUGUCGCUACCGAAUUCAUCAUCAAUGAAGAUGCAGUAUGGAGGUUGAUCAUCGUUAUGCCAACUAGUGAAUUGCAGAAAUUCCAAUUGCAGAAAGAAAGGAAGAUCCCUCCCCCGAAUGUCGCAUGGGGUAACGAAUGGGAUCCCUUCGCGGGACUGGACUGCAUACCGUAUUCGCAGUGGUCUGGACACGCUUAUACCUGGGCUGAGCCUGCCCGGUCACCUAAUUAUUAUCAAGGUUUUUACGAAGCUCAAAAUUCCCUUAGACUGUAUCAUCACAAUUAUACACUAAUGGAACUUCACGGCCUACUUCAUUUGACGGUAUUGGAUUUCAACCAGAAGAGAUUGAGAACUAUAGCAUGUGAUUUUGAAACCUUGGGCGGGUUGGGUCGAAUUGGUGAGAUUGAAACUCAGGCACAUGCAAGGGAUCGAAGAAGACCUAUCAGAUAUAAGCGUGACAUCAUCCGACCUAUCGAAAACGAUGGAGAUGGUAAUCUUGGAUGUGCAGAGAUAUCAGGCGAAUUCGUACUGAGUCAAAGAGGACCAGUGAACGUCCUUGUUUUCGACGGCGAGAGACUGUUCUUACAACAGCGCUCAAUCGGUAAAUGCUGGAUCCUGGAUUUCGGUGUGAGAGAGAUAGUGGGCGUAGCAGGUGAAGAACCUAGAACUGAAGGAGGUGAAAGUGAAUCUUCGCAGAGUUCCUUGAAUGAGGAGGACCCUUCGAGAGCUGGCGGGACGAACCCUCUAGGAGAUACUGAGAAUGAUAUAAUUCAAGGAGGUGGUGGAGGUUGA